UCCAUCCGUCAGUGCGCAGGCUCUGUGGAGGAGACGACAGGACGACUGCUGCUUAAUGCUCAGAAAACAACACUCUGAGCCUCGGCUGGCUUAGACAAGACGCCGUGGACUAGAACAGGGAGCCGGGCGGCCAUCACGACUCCAGCUUGCGUGUUUGUGAUGGGAAUGACUGUGUUCUUUCAUCCUGACUGAUGGUGGAUUCACUCUGACUAUAUCGGAAUAGGAGGGGCUUUUUUCAACCCAGAUACAGAAGGAGAGAUUCUUCUGCAGGGAUUGUUCCAGCGGCAUCCUCCACGUGACAGUGCGAUUACGAGGACAUCAGGAUGGAGGCCCCUCUGGUGUGCCUGGAUGAGGAAUUCGAGGAUCUGCGGCCCUGCAAGAUGGAGGAGCUUGAAUGCGAACAGCCUCCCUGUCGACCUCACAAAACCAUUCCCUUGGCCCCGCUGUGCCGUGAAGACUUCUCCGAGCUGGAGAACUUCUCCGAAAUGAUGAGCUUCAAGUCCAUGGAGGAUCUGGUCAAUGAAUUUGACGAGAAGCUGAACGUGUGCUUCCACAAUUACAACACCAAGACAGAAGGUCUGGCACCCGUGCGCAACCAAUCACAUGCUGAGGAGGAUGAGGAGAGGCUUCAGGAUGAAGACUGGGACGACCCCACCUCGGAAACACUCAACGGCAACCUCUCGGAUCAGGAGAUACACGAAAAAGAUGAGGAUGAGAUGAACGAGAAGAAUGAAAAUGCCAACUGUCUGAAUGAAGAACCUCUUAUUACAGCUGAUCAGGUGAUUGAGGAGAUUGUGGAGAUGAUGGAAAACUCACCGGAUCCUGGAGAGACAGAGGAAGAGGAGGAGGAUGAUAUCGGGGUCUCUUCCUCUAAAAGCAGCCCGUCUCUUCUGGAGGAGAUCCGCAUGCUGUCUCAGGCCUCCAAUAACAACUGCUCCUACGAAGGUCUGAGGCUGAUGCCGAGCUCUGCACUGCUUGACAUCUUGUGCCGGAUGGAGGCGGCGAUUCGAGAGUAUUCAGAGGAACUGGUGGCUCAGCUGGCCCGGAGAGAUGAGCUGGAGUUCGAGAAGGAGGUGAAGAACACCUUCAUCACAGCUCUGAUGGAGGUGCAGAACAGACAGAAGGAGCAGAGGGAGCUGAGUAAGCGCAGGCGUAAAGACAAGGCCAUGAGUCUACAGGGAUCCACACGCCCCGAAAAGACCGGCAGCAUGCCUGCGAAACGCUUCAGCAUGGAGGGUCUCUCCAACAUCCUGCAGACAGGCAUCAGACAGACCUUCGGGAGCUCAGGCACAGAAAAACAGUACUUGAACACAGUCAUCCCGUAUGAGAAAAAGGGGACUCCUCCAUCUGUGGAUGACUUGCAAAUGCUCACAAAAAUUCUUUAUGCCAUGAAAGAAGACAGCGAGAAGGUCCCAACCCUCCUGACUGACUAUAUAUUAAAAGUUCUGUGUCCUACCUAAAGUCCAGCGUGCGAUCUGCUGUUGGUGAGACCGUGAAGAGGACAAGCGUCUCCAUUCAUCCUCUAUCAGAUCUCCAGUCCAGCUGCAUGAGCUCCCUUACCCACUAUCAGCGAGGGACCCUGAACAUCUAACCAUUCUUCUCUUGCUUAUCUAACGACCUUCAACCUUGCUCAUCUCACUGCCCUUCCCGUAUUCACACAUAUCCACGAGGUUCAGACCACAGCGCCUGGUGCUUUACAUGUUUUCUACUACAUAUGUUACAACGGGCCAAAAGCCAUAUGGAACGUGUAAGGGUAACAGGUGAACUCUAAACGGUUUAACUCUACGAUCAGGUACUAUUUUUAUUUUUAUUUGUAAAGAUAUGCCUGACAUAAGGCACAUACUGUACUACUCGGUCAUUCACAUCUGUUCAGAACACAGGAGAUGAGGAGAAGGGCAUUAUUAUUCACAAUCGUCUUAGAUGCAUCGUUUCGAGAGCACAUUUGAAAAUAAUCCAUCCAGACAUUCUGCUUUUUGCCGUUUUAGUAUUGUACCGACGAGGUUGGUUGGAGAUACAGCAUGUUUUAGUGUUCUACAUUAAUGCCAAGUUAUAGGGAAAACAAAACCUUGUGACUUCUUUUUUUUUAUUUGGGGUAAUCUGAGAUUUUUUGGUUUUGUUUUGUUCAUUCUGUGUAUGAAAUAUACUACAUGAUGUUGUUUAAUUGACGAUCCAUUUGUCAAAUAAAACCAUUAUGUUAGUUUUUUUUUUACUUUAACAUUAAUUGUCAUUCAUGCCUUGUGCUUACAUCUUUAAUGUAUAUAUUUCUUAUUUACUAAGGGACAUGGAGGAAUGUGAAGUAUUGCUGAGUUAUAGUUCCAAUAAAUGUUAAACCCUGUGAAAAUAUGAAAGGC